CGUAUAUGAUAAGCACUUGUGACAGAAGAGAGCACACACAAUGAAAGCUUCAAAAUCCAUCUCUCCCUUCAGGCUCUCCUCUCUUCUACGAAGCCAAAAUGACCCAACUCUCGCCCUCCAACUCUUCCAUAACCCAAACCCUGAUGCGAACCCCCAAAAGCCCUUUCGCCAUUCCCUCCUUUCCUACGACAUCAUCAUCUCCAAGCUCGGCCGCGCCAAAAUGUUCGACCAAAUGGAGCAAAUCCUCCACCGAAUGAAGCAAGAAACCCGCUUCGCACCGACCGAAAUCAUCUUCUGCAACGUCAUGUCGUAUUACGGCCGGGCUCGUCUCCCUGACCGUGCCCUCCACCUGUUCGAUGAAAUGCCUUCGUUCCGUUGCGAGCGGACUAUCAAAUCAUUCAAUUCCUUGCUCGAUGCGCUUUACAAGUGUGGGCAUUUUGAUAAGAUGAAGGAGGUGUUGGAGAGGAUUGAGGAUUAUGGGACCCCGGAUGCUUGUACUUACAAUAUAUUGAUCAAGGCGUUUUGUGGGAGUGAGGAUUUGGAGAAUGCACGGAAGGUGCUCGAUGAAAUGCGCAGCAAGGGGGUCGAGCCGACGGAUGUCACAUUGGGGACUUUGAUUUACAAGCUCUGUUCUGACCAUAGGGUGAAACAGGCUUUGGAGUUGAAAGAGGAUUGGGAGCGCGUUCAUGGGGUUCUGCCUAGUGCGUUCGUGUAUGCGUCGUUGAUGAAAGGACUAUGUGGGGUUGGUGAAAUGGCAUUGGCUUUUGGGCUUAAGGAUGAGAUGGUGAGGAAGAACAUUCGGUUGGAUGCGCCGGUUUAUUCUACUUUGAUCAGCGCGCUUGCUAAGGCCGGCAGGAGAGGAGAAGUUCCGGGGCUAUUGGAGGAGAUGAGUAAGCAUGGGUGCAAGCCGAACACUGUGACGUACAAUGCAAUGAUUCAUGGGUGUUGUAUGGAGAAGGAUUUUGAAGCAGCAUAUGGAGUUUUGGAUGAGAUGGUGGAGAAAGAGUGUAGACCAGAUGCUGUUAGUUACAAUGUGAUUAUCGAUGCAUUGUGCAAAGAAGGGAAAUGGAGUGAAGCACAUCAGUUCUUUCAAGAUUUACCGAGGCGUGGGUGCCAUCCGGACUUGCUUUCAUAUCGGAUGCUAUUUAGUGGACUUUGUGACUGUGGUCAGUUUCAGGAAGCAGCAUUUGUCUUGGACGAGAUGAUCUUUAAGGGCUAUGCGCCCCAUUAUGCACGAACGCAUAAACUUGUUGAGGGUUUGUGUGAGGAAGGUAAUAUGGAGUUGUUAGCGACAGUUUUGAGUAGUCUGCAAAAAGCAAAUGUUCUCGAUGAUGGUACCUGGAGGGUGGUCAUUUCUACGCUUCGUAGGGAGAUGUCUUCAGAUGUCUUUGAGCUCAUAGAUACUUUGACGAUGCAGUAAACUGUGGAUGUAAUGUGCUAAUAAAUGGAUAUGUAAAGCAAUGAAUUUUCUGCAGUCUCUAAUGUGCACGACUUGCAACUUCAAUUUUCAUUGUGGU